AUGCCCAACUCUGCUGCAGACGCGACAUGGGAGGAAUGGGAACUUACUCGUGUUUUUCCCGUUACCCGUUCUGACAUUAUAAGACUUGGAAAAGAUCCAGAAACAGCGGUAAAGCUUGAUUCAGAGACAUGGGGACUAGGCGACGACGCUUAUGCCACUGCCUUAGAUAUCUAUCAUCAGCUUCAUUGCGUUAAUACUCUCCGGCAGAUUGCGUACGGGACCUAUUAUAACGUGCAAAUGGGUAAUCCUGAUGGUAUUAAUGCUACGCUGCGCGAAAUGCACAUCAACCACUGCGUUGACAUCCUGAUGCAGGCGAUACAAUGUAGUGGAAAUGCAAAUCUCAUCACAUUCCAUUGGGUCGAGAAACUACAGCGUCCCUUUCCAGAUAUGUCUAUCGAUCGGAAGUGCAUCAACUUUGACAAGCUCACCGAUUGGCGCCUGGCAAACACCAUUGACAUGAAGAAAUGGGCAGAGCAUAUGAAGAAGCCAAAUGGAGUGAAAGAAGAGAAAAUGGCAGAUCAAUAUUACGGUCCGAAUGACUUGCAAAAUCCGAAUCAUCAUGGUGGGACACAUGAAGAUGUCGACCUAUGGCCUGAGCGGGAUUGA